UUGAAUUGAUGCGAUGUUCGCAUUUUGUGAAUUCUGACGUGAGUUUUGCAAAUAAGGAAAGAGACGAUCCGGUUUUUGGUUGAUGAUUUACUGAAAUAAGUAGUAAAAACGUGAUAAUUGUUCAGAAGGACAUAUUUUAAAUAUUCGCCAUGUUUAGAACAAAGCAAGAAGUAGACAAAUAUAUUAGUGAUAACCUUCGAAAAAUCAACACUGAAACAGAGAGGAAUCUUCGUUGUUUCUUCUUUGCUAAGCUCUAUUUCAAUGUUGGGGAUUAUGAACAAGCAAUCAGAUAUGUCACCUCAUAUUUAAGUGUUAAGCCAAAAUCUCCUGAAGGUCAUAAUUUGUUGGGCAAAGCCCUUGAGAAGCUUGGAAGGACACAGGCUGCUUUAGAAGCUUAUAAAACAAGCCUGCAACAAGAUCCUAAACAGAAUACCUUGGUUUUAAAAGUUUGUGAAUUAAUGUCUAAAGAUGAUGUUGGUCUUGAUAAUUCAGGAGCCAGGUAUUUCUGUGAAUUAGCUCAAUCUCUAGAUCCUCACAAUCCAAUUGUUUCAAAUUUAAAACAAAAAUUAAUAAGUAAUGAAUGUAAAGAUCCUUCUGAAGUUACUGAAUUUCUUCUUAAGGAACUUGAGAAUAGACCAAUGGAUGUCAACCUUAGAGUGAAGCUGCUAAAACAUUUUUUAGAAAACAACUUGGUAAAAGAAGCUUACAAGCAUGCUUUUGCAAUUGAACAAAAGAAAUUUGGGAUCUUCGAUAAUAGUAUUAUUUGGUAUGAAACUUUUGCGGAAGUUCUUGUCAGAUAUCAGAAGGAGGCUAGCAUUUCUUCACAACUCACAUGGGAAUUUUGGAUUUUCUCUGCUUCUGUCCUGGAAAAAUUGGCAGGUCUUGCUCUUGAUGAACAUAUAGAAAAUGUUAAGAGCGGCACUGAUUAUGUCACAGCAGUAUUCAACUUUGACCAGUCUUUACUAAAAGCUAGUCAAGGUAUGGAAUCAUGCACUGAUAGGACUCUGGUUAAAGAAUUUUUAAAACACUAUGAGGCACAGUUAUGUCUGCAUUUUAGCAUUCUGGCUUUUAAACAGGCUAAGAAAGAUUUGGUGACAUUUAAAGAGGUUCAAAACAUAGUAUUACCUUUACUGUUUAUUGCAUACAAUUCUUCAGUUCCAGAUACAAAGGGUAUUUGGUUUAAUAAUUUGGCUGAAAAUAAGAGAUUGAUGGUUUCUACAUGGUACACUGAAGCCUCAUAUAGAUGUUCUCAGGCAGGAAAUGUAAUCCUUGGAAUGGCCAAAGAUAAAAAGAAUAUCUUAUUGGAAAGAGCGAAUCAGUACUCUACUGGUAUGUGGCGCGAGAAAGUUUUUAAACAGUUGUUUGUGAAAAGAGACCACCAGCUAAAAUCAAGUACCAGCUAUUUUGCUACUUCAACCUUAGAUCCUGUGAUUAGGUUGCCUGAAUAUAACGAUAUGAUAAAGUUUAAUGAGGUUUCUCAAAUUUUACAUCCAAGUUCACUUCAUUACUAUAUUUGGCUGGUCCUAAAUUACCACGAUUUGGCUGAUUUUGAACUAAAAUCAUUCGACGGCCUUCAAUACUCACCAAAAAAUACAAAUAAUUGCGCAGCUGAGACUAUAAGUAUUUUGGAUGUGCAAAGUUUUAUCUUAUGUGCCGCUAUAUGUGCCGAAUCUAAAAGCAAGGAUCUUACUAGCAGUAUGUCAUACUUUGCCCAAGAAAGACCACCAAUCUUGCCAGCAUCAAUCACUGGCAAUUUGGGAACAUUAAAUCAAUCCAAAUUCAUUGUGGCAUCUUACCAAAUGUACAAACAUGAAAAUACUUUAAAUAAUUCUGAAAUUAGAAUGAUCUUGAUCAAAGGAAUUGAGGUGGUACGUUGUAUUGGAAAUCAUGGAUUGGAUAUAAAGCUUUUGGUUGCUUUAGGGACAAUUUUCUCAGAUAGAGCAAAAAAAUUGACAAAACAGUCUGAAAUUGAAGCAAAUGCAGCACGAGCUGAUUUGUAUUGGAGAGCUGCUUUGCCUAUGUUAGAGAAACUUAAGAAUGAACAUGCAAUAAUAUAUCCAAAUAAUAGGCUUUUUGAGUAUAAAAGUAGUAAGGAAUUGACAAUGGAUGAAAUUAAUAACUAUACGGAAAAAGGCCAACUGUUUUUGGGCGUUCAGCUUAUGAAAAAAAACGAAAACGAAAAAGCCUUAAAAAUGUUCGAAAAGCUAAAAGAUCCUUUUGCAAGUUUCUAUCAAUAUCAGAUUAUAAGACAGAUGGCGGAUGCAAAACCUGGCCAAAGUAAGGACCUUACUUCAGAGAUGAGAUCCCUUUUAUGGACAAAGGCGAGAGAUUGUCUAUAUCUUACAUUGGAUCGUUUGAGGGAACCAUCACAGGACAGAGACCAUCCAUUAAAUGCCAUUUUAGGAACAGAAAUCGAGAAAGUGGAAAGGGUUCUAACUAGACUUCAGAAUGACUUUUCCAGCCAGAUUGAUUUUGAUGAGGUCAUUUCGGAUGAUGAGCAAUACUUAAGCACUUAUACCCACCAAGUUAGCUUUCAAAAUGGCAAAGAUGUUAGCGUAACCCCAAGAAAUGACACUAUGCAGAACCAUUCAACACCUUUAAGGCUUACGUCGAUGAGACAAGAAGCCAGACCUAGUCCUGAAAGGUUAGACGCACAAAUUAGACAGCUCAUGGCUUCAGAAAGCUUAGCAAUGAACACCAUUCAAGAGCAGAAUAAAAUGAUGGCGGAAUUGCGAACGAGCACUGAUGAAAUAAGGGAUGCUGUCAAGACUCUUACCAGUGCAAUGACAAGCAUAGGAGAUGUUAAAAAGAUGGUUAAUGAACUUACAAAUUCGGUGGAUGAUAGAUUGCAAAGCGUCACGGAUAUGGUACAGGAAAUGCGAAGAGAGUUAAAUGAAAUAAAAAAAGAACAAGGCAAAAAUACACAAAUAAGUGUUGAAGAUCUUUAUGAUUUGGAUCCUGACUAUAACUCGCCUUUGGACUACAACCUAAGCAGCAAUUUAAGUCAAACACAACCCAGCUUAAAUAAUAUUUAUCCUAAUUAUCCACGUUUGCCACAAGCUCCAAAUCCAAACUUGGCAUUAUAUGGUGGUCAGGCGUUAUAUCCACCAAUUUUCCCAGGAUUGCCGUAUCCUUAUGGACACUUGGGCCUGGCCCAACCUGGAGGAGUUCCAUUUUUGCCCCAGGUCUCUACGGACCAACAGCAUAUGGCGCAAUUGCCUAAUCUUGCAGGUUUGCCUCAGUCAGUGUAUCCAAGUACGAGUAUUGCUGGUGCCGUGGCUGCUCAAUCUCAUAUCCAAACGGCUUCCAAGGAAAGUCCCAAAACCAAUUUCGGUACGGCUAAUUCAGCCCAAUCCGGCUUUGGCUUCAGUCCAUCUCCCCUCUCCUCUCAUCAAAGCCUUUUACAAAUGAAAGAACCUCAGAAAGUUGCAACAAUAACAACAUCAAAAGCACCACCCAUUAAUGUGGUUAUUACUUCUUCCGAUCCUUUGCCCACAUUGUCUAAAACUACAAAUGCACAGCCGAUUUUAAGUGUUACGAUUCCUCCACAGCAUAUUAAAGGGAGCACUCCAAAAGUUUCCAUACCAGCAGUGCCGCAACCUCACAACUACCAAAUACCGUUGCCAGCACAACCUGCAAUCAGCACAAUGCCGUCAGUUCUUAAUCAGCCGCCACCGUUGGUGUCCACUGAAAGUUUAUUGACCAACGUUCCUAGCCCCGCGUUUUCUGCGAUUGCUAAAACCACUAGUCCCACAAAGAAUGUAUCACUGGGUAUACAUAUUGAAAAAGCUUUGGAUAAAACCUUUCCGACCCCAGACAAAACGAAUCUCAGCAUUAAUAAAAGCAACAUUUCAUCAAGCUCGAUUGAUGAAUAUGAUCCUAAUCCUGAUUUUCAACCAAUUGUACCGCUACCUGAUGAGGUUCCAGUUACUACAGGAGAAGAAAAUGAAACAGAACUAUUCUGUCAAAGAGCCAAAUUGUUUAGGCUCGCAUUGGUCGCCAAUAACGCAAAAGAAUGGAAAGAGCGAGGUGUUGGUAAUAUAAAAAUUCUUUUUAAUCCGGAGACUGGGAAAGUAAGAUUACUCAUGAGAAGAGAACAGGUACAUAAGAUUUGUGCGAACCACUUCCUCACAAAAGAUAUUGCUUUAACACCGAUGGCUAACAAUGACAGAGCUUAUAUUUGGGCAGCCCAUGACUAUGCUGAUGGGGAGAUUGUGUUAGAGAAGUUUUGCGCUAGAUUUAAAACGGCAGAUGAAGCCAAACAAUUUGCAGAAGCAUUUAAUUUAGCAAAAACAAAAAUAUCUGAUCCAGUUGCUAAAAAAGACGAGUCGUCAAAUAAAGAAAUUGUAUUAGAUACGACUCCUAAAUCAACAUCAAAUGUUAGUACCGUGCAGUCGGCAACUAAUAGUAACUUGGGAGGUUUUAAAUUUACUGGAACACCCACGUUUAAGCCCAAAGAAGAACCUAAAUCCGACCCUAAAGUUGACACAAGUAAGGAAACAGUGCAACCCAGUCCAUUUGCCUCUUUUAGUUUUGGGGCAAAACCAGCAGGUACAUCUGUAAAAAAUCUUUUUGAAAACCUAAAGCCAGAACCAUCCAUAGUGUCGCCAUUGAUGGGCUCAUCCCAAAAUACUCCUAAUGUCAAUACUCCAAAAAAAGACGAGGAUGAUGUGGACGAUUUUGUGCCUACCGCGGAAUUUAAACCGGUAGUCGACAAACUGCCUGACUUAGUUGACAUAAAAACUGGAGAAGAAGAUGCCGAGAUUGUACUCGAAGAAAGGUGUAAACUAUUUAGGAUGGAUACAACUGGCGACAAAAAGGAAUGGAAGGAAAGGGGUCUCGGUAACAUUAAGAUCCUUAAGGAGAACACAAUCAGAUUGGUUAUGCGGAGAGAGCAGGUUCAUAAGGUUUGCCUGAAUCAUCAGGUACUGAAGAACAUGACGUUUAAGAAAAAUGCAACGGAUCCAAAAGCAGUCGUAUGGCAUGCCCAGGACUUUUCCGAGGGGGUCUUGGUUGCAGAAACGUUUACAGCCCGAUUUAAAACUCCAGAUUUAGCUGAUAAAUUUUUGAAGAUCAUUCAAAAUUUACAAACUACUUUGGAUGAGAAUAAUCAGGUUACUGGUAAACAUCAUAAACCUGAUUUCACCCCGAAGACAGGAUUCGGAGAUAAAUUUAAAGCAGCCAAAGGUAGUUGGGAGUGCAAGAAUUGCUACGUUGUUAACGACGCAAAAGGAGCUUCUGUUUGCGUCGCUUGCGACACCCCUAAAGCCGGCUCGUCUCCAAAAAAAGAACAACCCACAUUUUCGUUUGGAGUUAAAGUAGCAACAAGUACCGACACGAAUAAGACUGAAGGCAAAACUGGAUGGGGGGAUCAGUUUAAACCGGCAACGGGUUCCUGGGAUUGCAGCAUGUGCUACGUUAAUAACGCUGCCGAUAAAACGAAAUGCGUUUCUUGUGAAACGUCUAAAGCAGGCGCUGGCGCCUCUGAAGGUUCGACUGGAGGACUUAAGGGGAUAUCUUUGGAUACAGGUGGUCAAAAAUUCAACUUUGGUAUGCCAGCAGUUAACGUAGCUGCCAAAUCAGAACAACCUAUUCAGAAAUUUUCGUUCAGCGUUCCACCGCCUACUACAGCACCGGAAGCUACAAUCGUUCACUCAGGAUUCGGUGAUAGUUUUAAGCCGAAGCCAGGUACAUGGGAAUGCCAGUCUUGCUACAUCCGGAAUGACCCUACUAGUUUAUAUUGCUUAAGCUGUGAAGGUCCUAAAGAUGAUUCAGUGCCUAAAAACGAAAAUUCGGGCCCCAAAGGAAUUAACUUGGAUACCCCUGGUUUAAAGUUUAAUUUUGGUAUGCCAGCUGCAGGUACAGGAAGUACAUCUACAUUUGCCUUUGGCGAUACAAGUGCGACCAAAACCACAUUUACUUGGAAACCGGCUGAUACUACGGUUGCCGAUAAUAAAGAACCACAAAAAGAUGAUCAAUUUACAUUUGGGUCGCCUCAGAAACACGACUUUGAAUUUAAACCUAGAAGUCCAAGAAGGAUUAGCACUGGACAAGGAGAGGAAUCCGACGCAAGUUACGUAGAAGAGGAAGAAGCAAAUGUAUAUUUCAAACCAGUGGUUCCUUUACCCGAUAUCGUAGAAGUUAAAACGGGCGAAGAAAACGAGGAAGUUUUAUAUUCCCACAGGGCCAAACUAUAUCGGUUUUCCUCAGGAGAAUGGAAAGAAAGAGGUCUAGGAGACGUAAAAGUUCUAAGGGACAACUCUACUAAAAAACUAAGGGUUGUAAUGCGUCGUGAACAAGUUUUAAAAAUCUGUCUGAAUCACUGGCUAACUAAAGAUAUUGACUAUCUGGCCAAAGACGAAAAAACUUGGUUGUUCCAUGCAGCAGACUUUUCUGAAGGAGAAAUAAGCCGGGAUCAAUUUUGUUUAAGAUUCAAAGAUGGGCAAAUUGCUAAAGAGUUUAAGAAGGCUAUUGAUGACGCAUUAGAUGAAGUUAGCAAUGGGAACAAAAACACUAAAGACAAAAAUGACGCUGAUACCGAUUCAGAUGUAGAAUUUAUCUCCGAGACGAAAGUAACCUCAGAGGAAGAAACAGAGGCAAUCAGACUUGGCUUGCCGCCAAAGUUUUUCGCUUACAGGCAACUACCCGAUUGCACUUGUGACCAAUGCAAAAAGGAUGAUGAGUAUCUCAAAGAACUCUUUAAUAAAGAACCUAGUAAAACCAUAUCUAGUCUGGGCAGCAGUAGUGUAUCGUUCUUCGGCACACCCAAAACUAAUUUUGGCACGCCUUCCUCUGCUGGCAGUGUAUUUGGAACGCCUGCUUCCAGCUUUACUUUUGGAACUCCUACAGGUGGGAAUGUCGAAAAUGUGAGGACUCCAAAAGCUGAAACACUUACGAGUUUACUACAAAAGCCUUCCAUACUCGCGCCUAAAAUGGAAAGUUCAUUUUUAUUCAAAACCGAUAAAACGUCAAUGUCUUCAGAUGUGGCCAAAAAGGAUGAGAAGCAGGAAGAAAAAUCUACGUUUGAUGUCAAAGCCAAAGAGAGUACCACAGCUACUUCCGUGUUUGGAAUGACUCUUACGAAGUCGACCUCAGAGGGAGGAAGCAUUUCUACUCCCAAACCGGACAACAUCUUUAGGACAGCUGCUGACAGUAUGUUUAAGACUACUUCUGCUACUAACAUCUUUGGUGGUGGUACACAAAAUGUUUUUGGAACAACCGAUUCUACAAAUCUCUUUGGGACUAAGAAAGACAAUAUAUUUAGUGAACCCACGACAACGACUCCCACAUUUCCUAUCGAUGACAGUUCAAAAUCCAUAUUUAACACAAGCGGAAACAUUUUUGCUUCUAGCGCCAUCACAACCGGAGGGAAGAUUUUUGGAACUGGCAAUGUUUUUGGCGUAGAAAGUCAAAAGACCACUAGCAUCUUUGGUGGCACCAACCAAGGUAGCAUCUUUGGAAAUCCUGCCAAGCUUGGAAUUGGUGACCAAAACUCUGGACAAACGCUAUUCGGCAACAAGGCUCAGCUGAAACUAACUGAUGCCAAUUUAACUUUUGGGUCGAGUACUACAUCAAAUUUGAAGGAAACCGAUGAACCUGUAUUAAAGGUCGACUCGGGGUUAUCUUUUGCUACUCUAGCGGCCAAGAGUGACUCGGAGAAGCCAGCCUUUGCUAGUUCCACUUCACAUGAAACUCCAUUUGCCUUCUUAGGGGCCGGUGCCCCAGUUUUCAGUACUAACGCAACGCCGAAAAAGGACUCGUCUUUGCGAGAAAACCCUAAUAAAACUGAACCUGGGUCGGACACUGAAGAUGCCGAAGUUGAAGGGGGCGAACAUGAUCCGCACUUUGAGCCUAUAGUGCCAUUACCUGACCAAAUCGUUGUUUCUACUGGUGAAGAGGAAGAGUCAGUAAUAUUCAACGAAAGGGCUAAACUGUUCAGAUACGACAGUAGCACCAAGGAGUGGAAAGAACGGGGUGUAGGACAGUUUAAAAUUCUAUUACAUCCUCAAAACAAGACUUAUAGAUUUUUACUUAGACGUGAGCAGGUACAUAAAGUGGUCUUAAACCAGAGAAUAAAUGCAGAUUUGGAAAUUCAGCCCAUGGCGACUUCGGAUAAGGCCUGGAUAUGGGUGGGAAUGAAUUAUUGCGAAGGCGAAACCCAAUUGGAACAAUUGGCAGUCAGAUUUAAGACUGCUGAGCUGGCUCAAGUUUUCAAAAACUGCAUUGACCAGACUAUAAAAAGCAUUGCAGAAGAACAGGAAAAUAGAGGUCAAGAUUAUAAUAAAUCUGAUAAUCAUGAAGAUGAGUAUGGCGAUGACGAUGAAGAUGAAGAUGAUUAUGAGGAAGAAGAGAAGUCUAUGAUGUUUACCCAAGUCUGCACUCUGAGUGAGCAAACUACUUCAGGCUGGCAGAAUUUGUGUAACGGAGAGAUUCAAGUAUAUUACGAUCCCGAAAUGUACACCGCCAGGAUUUGCGUUAAUAACGAACACGGAAAAACUGUUUGUAGCACUAUGAUUGCAAUUAAUACAAAUAUGGAGAUUAAAGAUAAAGAAUGUAUCUGGAGAAGUGUAGAUUGGUCUGAUCCAACCGAUUUACGGUGGCGUACCUUUAAGGCCAUUUUCAGCAAGGAGUCGGCAGCGCAAGAGUUCCAUUCUAGUUAUUUGGAGGGAGUUAACUAUGCUCAUGAAGUGGGAGCGAUAGAUGAAAUACCUAAUGGAGAUUAUUCUGGUGAACAUUCUGAAUAGGGAUGUUUAUUACUAAAAUAUGUUUUUUUAAGCUACUAUUCCACUUUACUCAAAUUAUGUUCCAAUACACAUGUUUCUUUCUGUUAACGUUAAAAUUGUAAUGACUGAUUAAAUGAGUAAGUUGCAAAAAGUCGUAGUGCCAACAGGUUUAUAGGAAUACCCUUGUAUGAAAGUAAUAAUUAUAAAAACAAGUUUAAUUAGGAUUUUUGUGUAGAAGUAGAAUAUUCUGUAACUAGUAUUUAGCUUUUUUGUUAAUUAUUAAAGAAAUGAAAUCUUAAUUUUU